UUCGCCCUGUGCACGUUUCGUUUCUCGUAGAUAAGAGACUAACGGUAAUGUAAAAGACUCGAUAGAUUAUAUUCGUCGCGUUAUAAAAGAUUUGCAAGUCGAGUGUAUCAUUCGAACAGAUUCGACCGAUCGCGUGGAAUACGAGUAGGCGAGGACCGGGCAUUUGGCGAGAAGUGCGCCGCUAGUUCGUUGCCGCGGCCAUUACGCUGAGCGGUCGAGGGCGAGCAUCUCGCGACGUAAUCGCAUCCGCUUAAUUCGCGUUACUUAUCUUCCUGUUCAUCGUGACUUAUCUUCCUGUUCGUUGCUGGAGUUUGUGUAAACCUAUUGGAAAACAGGUAACUAGAGCGUCGACAUGGGUAAGGAGAAGAUUCAUAUUAACAUCGUUGUGAUCGGCCACGUCGAUUCGGGCAAAUCGACCACCACUGGUCAUUUGAUCUACAAAUGCGGCGGUAUCGACAAACGUACGAUCGAGAAGUUCGAGAAGGAGGCUCAGGAGAUGGGCAAAGGUUCGUUCAAGUACGCCUGGGUGUUGGACAAGCUGAAAGCUGAACGCGAGCGCGGUAUCACGAUCGAUAUCGCCCUCUGGAAAUUCGAGACGGCAAAAUACUACGUGACGAUCAUCGACGCUCCCGGUCAUCGUGAUUUCAUCAAAAACAUGAUCACCGGGACGAGUCAAGCCGAUUGCGCCGUGUUGAUAGUCGCGGCUGGUAUCGGUGAAUUCGAAGCUGGCAUCUCGAAGAACGGACAGACGCGCGAACACGCUCUGCUGGCGUUCACCUUGGGCGUAAAGCAGCUGAUCGUCGGUGUGAACAAGAUGGACAUGACCGAUCCGCCGUAUUCGGAAGCUCGUUUCGAGGAAAUUAAGAAAGAGGUAUCGUCGUACAUCAAGAAGAUCGGUUACAACACCGCUUCCGUGGCGUUCGUGCCGAUUUCUGGUUGGCACGGUGACAACAUGCUGGAACCAUCGCCGAACACGCCGUGGUACAAGGGGUGGAAAGUGGAGCGUAAAGAUGGUAACGCCGACGGAAAGACCCUGAUCGAAGCCCUUGACGCUAUAUUGCCGCCGUCCAGACCCACCGACAAGGCUCUUCGUUUACCGCUUCAGGACGUGUACAAGAUCGGUGGUAUCGGUACUGUACCGGUCGGUCGUGUGGAGACCGGUAUUCUGAAACCAGGAAUGCUGGUAACAUUCGCUCCAGCAGCGUUGACCACCGAAGUGAAAUCGGUGGAGAUGCACCACGAGGCGUUGACAGAGGCAUUGCCUGGCGACAAUGUCGGUUUUAACGUAAAGAACAUCUCCGUGAAAGAGUUGAGACGUGGCUACGUGGCAGGUGAUUCGAAAAAUCAACCGCCGCGAGGGGCUGCCGAUUUCACCGCUCAAGUAAUCGUCCUGAAUCAUCCCGGGCAGAUCAGCAACGGUUACACGCCGGUGCUCGACUGCCACACUGCUCAUAUCGCCUGCAAAUUCGCGGAGAUUAAAGAGAAAUGCGACCGUCGUACCGGCAAGACUACCGAAGAGAAUCCGAAAAGCAUCAAAAGCGGGGACGCUGCGAUCGUGAUGUUGCAGCCGACUAAACCGAUGUGCGUCGAAGCUUUCCAGGAGUUCCCGCCGCUGGGACGUUUCGCUGUUCGCGACAUGCGUCAGACUGUCGCUGUGGGCGUCAUAAAGAGUGUCACCUUUAAAGAUACCCAGGGCAAGGUCACAAAAGCCGCGGAGAAAGCCCAGAAGAAAAAGUAACCAUCAAGCUUCCUCGGAAGCUCGCAGUCCGCGGGCUGGUGCCCGACGAGCGUCUCCUCCGCGAGGGGAUCCUCCGAUAGGAUGCAGUGCGCCGCGGCUGCUUCAUUCAACUCAUACUCGACUAAUAAUAAUAAUACAAAAAGUGAAAA